AUGGAACCAGAAUCCAGCUCAGCCCCGACCCAGACUGUGACCCUUGACCCUGUGUCCAGCACGGCCCUGACCCCAGCCAUGACCUAUGACCCAGGAGGUCACGUCCUGACUGACCUGAGUUCGAUGGAAGACCUGCUGACUCCCAUCAAGACGUCAACUAGAAUCAAGUACACAUGCCUGAGCGUGUCUCGUCGGUUCAUCAGCCUGGGUGCCACCACGGGGGGUCUGUACCUUUUCCACAGGGAGAAGCUCAAGUGUCUCCAGCUGCUGGCUAAUAAGGAAGGAGCCAUCACCAUGGUAACCUCUGCACCUGAUGACAAUCUUGUUGCCAUAGCAACCAGUCGAGGCCUGGUGGUGGUGUGGGAACUGAACAUCGAGAGGCGAGCGAAGCCAGAGCGGCUACGGAUCUCCCCGGAACACCGCGGGAACACGGUUGUGGCUCUGCAGUGGGACGACAAGUCCUCGCGCCUGUUCGUCGGGGACAACACUGGCAAGGUCUCGGUGGCAAACGUGCCGUCCUCGGGGAAGGCCAAGGGGUUCUUCAAAGUCCCGACCGAGCUCCUGCUGACAGCAGACUCUAGUGUGGUGCAGAUGGACUUUGCUAACGAGCGACUGAUGGUGUCCACUCUCACCAGGUGUUACCUGUGUGACACUCUCAGGGAAAAGUUCUGGCACGUUGGGAAGAAGCCUCGAGACGGGAAGUUUGGGGCGUGUUUCUUCCGCACAUCAGCAGGGCAGAUUCCUGCGAUCUACUCCGCCCGCCCGGGAUCCAGGAUAUGGGAGUCUUUUACCUUCUCCAAGAUUCUCAUGUUCAAUAACCGUUUGCUCCUGACAUGGACCCAGCAGGGACUGUACAUUAUAGACCCUGCCAGGGUCCAGCUGGUGCUGUGGACAGACAAGUUCAAAGACAUUGCUGACGUGAGGUGCUACAAGAACGACAUGUACCUGUUCCACGCUGACUCCCGCGUGUCGCGCCUGUCGCUUCUCUCCGUGGACAAGUGUGUCGGCAAGCUGUUCUCCAAGCAGAUGUGGAGACUGUGCGCUCAGGUGUGCUGCUACUACCAGCCGUCAGUCAUCCCCAUGAAGGCUCGGCGGGCGGUGCCGGUAUCCAUGGUAACGGAGCUGAGGCAGCAUCUGGGCACCAUGGAGGACACAGACGAGCUUCUGGACCAGCUGGAGGAACUCCUCAACAGGAUCGAGCUGAACGUAGACAGCACCAGCUCCAACCAGAGUAGCGGCCGCUCCAGUGUCAGCUCCAUCGGCAGUGUCAGCAUGCUACAGUCCGGGAUCUACCAAGUCCACAGCCGGAGGGGGAGUCAGGAGUCCGUCGACAGCCUCCCAGAAUUCACCUGGGCAGAGGAGGAAGCAGGGCAGGAUGGGAUAGUCAGGCCAAAGUUUGACCUUGUCGCUGACCCUUCGACCUUUGCCGAGGAGGGAAAAGAACCUGGUCUUGUUCCUUUCUCGAUUUCAUCACUGGAACAGACAACUUCUGCAAAUGAAGAAGUAACCUCAGUGCAAGACAAUGUAGAGAGUGUGGAAAGUUCAAUAGAAACUCAGGUGAAAAGAGACGUUGUGAAAAAUGUGGAAAGUCUAGCGUCAGUGCAGAAGAAACAAGCGGCUGCAGCUGAGAGCGAGAGUAGCGCCUCCGACCAGGAAAAGACCAGCGUGCAAUCCUGCGACAGUGGAAACAGCGAUGGAACAAACGUCUCCCCAAGGUCGGGAACCAAGAUGGCCGCCGGCGAGACAGAGGUUGCAGGAACCAGCGACAGCGGUACAGGAGAAGAGGUUUUGGAAGAAGACGUAAAAACAGACUUUGGGGCCACAGAAACUGCUGAGACAACCCAAAUUCCUGAUAAAUAUCAGAAAUUUUCCCCAGAAGUAGAAAAACUGCCAGUGGAUCCCAUCCCUCUGGUUGCCGUAGAGACAGCAGGUACCAACAGCAGCCAUGAAACCUUAGAACUGAAGAUGACACAAAGUGAGGAUAAAGUUCACAGGUCAGAGGAGGUGAAGGGUCAGAGGGCACAGUUUGACAGGUUUGCGCAUGUUGACCUCGAAGGGGAUGAGUUGGUGGUGCAGAGAGAGGGCAGGCCCAUCAAGGGGAAGAGGAAAAAGAAGAAGAAACCGAACAGUGCAGAUAUUUCCUACUUGUCCCUGUCAGAAGGCACAACAGUGGACUCACCCCCAUCUGAUGAUAAGAGCCCAAAACAGCGGACAAAGAGUUUAGAUGCAACAUGGGAAAAAAUGAAAGACCUGCGGUCAGCGUUCCAGCAGAAGAUGAGCACGCUGAAGACGGGGCGGCUGUCGUCAGACAGCGACACUCCUGAGGGCGGGGCGACCCCGGAACUCUCGUCCUCACCUGUGGUGCAGCAGCAGCUCAAGGUCAUGAAGGACAAGUUGUCCACGCGCCUGCAGGACUCGCGCAGUAAGCUGGCCACCAAGUCCAAGUCUCUGAUGAAGGCCAUCCAGGAGAGCGAGCAGAUGGGCCGCAUCAGGCAGACUAUGAGAAGACCUGACGCACAAGCAGACAGGGGGGACGAGGAUGAGGAUGAUGUGUUUGAAGAUGACCUGGGAGGUAACCAAGACAAUGACCUCCCCAUGGCAACAGCCUCAGGAGGACAGCAGGUGGGUGAGGAGAGGAGGAGGGGCGCUGGACCACAUGUGGACGUCACUGUCCUGCUGCAGGCCACCAGGGACACCAGUGAAAAAUUGAAGGACCCAGAAGUUCUGUUCAACCCAGACCAAGCAAGGACAGUUCUGUCGUCAUGGUUACAUCACCUGGAGACAGCUCUGCAGAACCUCUAUAGAACAGUCAGGGAACACAAUGCCAAGGUCAGGAGUAGGGCAGAGGUGAAAGGGCAGAUGUCAGAGGUUGUAGGAGACAGUGUCCCUGAAAGAACUAUUUCAAGUAGCGGCGACAUUGAUGUUCAUAACAUGCAGCAAAGAAAUCGAGAAACUGAAGUUGAAAACACUGAAUCAAGAACACCAGAAGAAGAAGGAGAAAGAGUGGACACAUCUGUGGCACUGCAGGACAGUGGUGCUGAGUGUGAUGAUGAACAGGACAAUCAGGAGAACCAAAGUGAAGAUGUUUCCGAACACAGAACUCUAGAGGAAGGUGAGGAGCAAGUCUUAGAGAACAACAUUGAUGGGAAGGAUGACACACUACCAUCAAAUCUGGUCAAUAAGGAGGAUAAAGAUCCAGCACUCCAGAACAAUAGCUGUCCAGAUGAGACGUCCAAGGAACAAGACAACCCCAAGACUGAAGCUGGUCAUCCACAAGAAAUGGAGGAUCUCCAAGAAGUUGAGAUCUUAGAGGGAUUCCAUAUCUUAGACCCGUUCAUGUUAAAGGAAGAGAGCCAUGCAGUGAUUUCUGAGCUGGUGACCUUGUGCUUCCAGUUUGGUGUCUUUGGGAGCCACAGAUCUAGAGCUCCAUCAAAAGAUACAGUUGUAUCCUCAAACAUCAUUGGGCAGGACAGCAGCAGUCAUGACACUUGUGAUGCACCUGACCAAUCAGAAUCUGUGUUACAAGAAGAAGAAACCCCUGAAUCUGAUAGGACUAGUGAGUUCAGUGCCAGCUUCUCACCGAUUGGUCCACAUAGUAAAGGAGGUCAGCAUUUUUCAGCAACAAGCCAAUCAGCUUCCUUGUCUCACAAAGAGGAAGAGAUGGACAGAAAUGCUGCUCAGUUUGUAAAGCGUCAUUUCCAUUUCCUGGAUGUAGAAGCAGUCAGAAAGACUCUGCAGUUUAGAAGAGGGCCAAGAACAGAGGUGUGGGAGAGGCUUCUGGAGUGUCUACAUGCCCUAUACUCAGAGGGUGCAGUACCCGACCUUGUUGCUAGGGGUGAUGUGGAAGAAUGUCUGAAACUUCUCAAGACCAAAGAGUUGACUGAUGGAGGAGAAAUUUUGUCUUGUUUGCACAGCAUAUUCCCCCUGUCCCCAGAGCCAGUGCUGGACACCUGUGUGCAGCUCUACCCGCAGGUCCAGCUCUGGGAGGUGGCUCAGAUCUGUAAAGACUCCCCUCAGCAGUUCUUGUACUACAUCCACAGGAUACAGGCCUUGCCAAGGCACAGGCAAGCUGAGAUGCUAGAGACCCUGUACCGGGAUGAGUCCAUCCUACACCAGUGGCUGGGCUGUGCUCUGACUGACGGGGCUCCAGACAGGGAUUUACUACUCACUGGGCAGGGGGAGCCAAGGCCAGGUUCCCAUCUGUUGCCAUGGAAACACAGUGCUGAUGUGGAUGAGAUUCUGACCCGCUGCUCGGCUGAGUGUGAGUCUGUCCCACACAGCUCCACGGAGCAGAAGUCCCUGAUGAAUAUGUGCAGCAAGGCUGGGUACUGGCGAGGCUACCUGAGGCUCUCUAAGGGGUUAGGCUGCAGACAGGAGGCCCUGAGAACUGCAGUGCUGCUGGGAGAUGUGCGACUGCUGGAGCCCCAACAUGACCCCAGCAUUCCCCCAAAGUCCCUUGAAGAAUGGGAAGAAGUCUUCAGGCUCAUGCUGCAGAUCAAUGGAGGUCAAGGGUCAGGAGAAAACUCCCAUGGUGCAAUACCUCCCCAGGAUUCUAAGCAAGAAAUAGGCGACACCAACCAAUCAGAGAACCCCACUGUGCCUUACGUAAUACCCAGACCAAAUGAUAGAACUAGUUUGCCAAAUGUGGAAAAGAAGGAGACUUCUGAUUGGUUGCCACAAGAUACCGCAGCAUCAAAGGAAGCCCGUGAUUGGCCACCUGGAAUCACAUGUGAGGAGGCUGGCAGGCUAUUGGUCAGCAGUGUGGGACCAGACCAGGGGAUAGAGCUGUUGCAGAGGCUGCCCCCUCCCGGCAGGGUGUUUGUCAGAAGGUUUCUACAAGAGCUGUGUGCUGGCAGGCAUGAUAUACAGGAGACAGAGGCUGUUGAUCCACUCCAUGCUUGAGAAGGUGGGCACGUACCUGUGGUCCAAGAGACCAACAACACUGGCCCCAGAGCUGUACUAUGCCCUGCAGCAGGAGAAACAGGCCCUACAGGCCCAGAGAACAGGCACACCUGUCUCACUGGAUCGCAGUCUGUUUGUGCUGGACCCAAGCAGGCUGGAGGGGGGUGUACAGUACCUGGAAGAGCCAGAGGGACAUUGGGGCAUCAUGUCUGAAGCAAG